CACGUCGCACGUUUCACUCCGUCUCACGUACGUAACCGGAACAAGCAGGGAGGCAUGAUAGCGCCGCAGAAAUGAAUGCGUGCACAAAACUGUAUAUGUUGAUAUUGUUGUACCCGUGACGUUGUCAUGUUUUAAGUAGACAGACGCAUGUAAAAAGCUCACGGAUUCAGCAAUGGAGUGUGACAUUUUGGACUCGUUAGAGCAGCUUGGCUAUGACGGCCCUCUGCUGGAGGAGAAGGCGCUGCUCGGAGCCGCAGAGGGAGGCCUGUCCUCUCCUGAGUAUGUGGACCUGUGCAGGUGGCUGGCAUGCAGGUUAAAGCCGCUGUGUGAUCUGGAGGAGAGCAUUACUUCCGGACCAGACGACAUGGACAGCCUUCAGGUGGAGAUGAGCGGUUUGCUGAAGGAGCUGCACUGUCCUUAUAAAGUAGUCGUUUCAGGGAUCCUCAAGGGCAAUGUGCGAAGUACAAAAGAUCAUCUCAAAUUUGUCUUGUUUUUAAGCUCUGAGCUCCAAGCAGCUCAGAUUGUGAGGAGCAGACGAGCCUCUGAUAAACAACAAGAAGAGAGUCCGGUGUAUCAGGAGCUCCUGGCAAUCUGCGAAACACUGAACCUACCAGAACCCAGAGGACAGGACGCAGCAAGAGUUUUCUCUCAAGUCCAAGACAAGGUUGAUGAAGUAAUCAAAGAUCUUCCAAAUGGCUCCAUUGGAAACCCAGCGCUUAAGAAAUCUCUGUGCAGUGAACAAUGGGAGACGUUGCAAAACAUAAACAUGGUUCUGUCUUCAGAGUAUGAGUGUCGGCGCAGGAUGCUGAUCAAACGGCUGGACGUCACAGUUCAGUCAUUUGGGUGGUCAGACAGAGCCAAGGUAAAGGUGGACAGCAUGGCGAGGGCCUACCAGCCUAAGAGACACUCUCUGAGGCCACAGUCCACAGUGGACAUGGCCGAGCUGCUGGCUGCCAGAGAAGACAUCUGCAACGUGGUGAAGACCAGCAGCGGCUCCAGCAGGGAGAACACGGCUUGUGCCGUCAACAAGAUCCUGAUGGGGAGAGUCCCGGACAGAGGAGGACGUCCCUCAGAGAUACAAGCCCCACCUCCUGAGAUGCCACCCUGGCAAAAAAGACAAGAUGGUGGAAACUGGGGAGGCCGUGGAAGAGGAAGAGGGGGAGGAGGUGGUGGUGGAGGAGGAGGUUGGAGAGGUGGUGGUGGAGGUGGAUGGAACCAAGGAGGACAUGGUGGACAUGGAAGCUAUGGAGGACAUGGUGGGCAUGGAGGAAAGCGAGGACGAUACCAGUAUUAAUUUCUAUGGAUGUUCUCUUGUGUUGGUAUUUUUUAAAGUGAUCCAGAUGUGGCGUUUCACAGUAACUCAAUUCUGUUUUCUGUUAAUGAGGGAGAAAAAACUGUUUUAUCUGAUGGCAAUGAAAAAUCUUCCUCAUGUAGAUGAUUUAUAAUGUUCUUAUUUCUACUUUUGUUAGUGUUUCAUUUUGCUUUUUAAAAUAUUUUCAUCAGUGUGCUUCAGUGCACCAGGAUUACUCUAACAUCAUUAAAAGUACUUUUUUGUGUGAAAACCAAUGACAAACAAAUGAUUUAACAUGUGCACUAGGACAUGAAACUGCAACUGUGUCCCAAAUCCAUUCUACGUAGUAAUUCUAAGGUUUUGAGUACGUAUUGUGUUUACACUGCAAAAGUGACUAAAUUAAAUAUACUUACAGUACAAGUACAGGAAUGGGUACUAAAAACCCUCGAUUUUUAAGUGUUGUUGAUGGACCAUAUUCUCCCACAAUGCAAUGCACAAUGGAAAUGGAGGAGCUGGAAAACAUUAAAACUAAUAGUGGAUGGUAGCCAAACAUUUCCAGGAAAACAUCUCAGAAAUUACUAUUAAAAUUUCACAGUUGAAGUAUGUAGAAUUAACUUACACUAACUGCAAAAAAAAACAGGAUACUAUAAAGAUUAAUAUAUACUGUAUGCAAUUAGUUUGUAGUAUGGAACUGAGACACUGCUUGCAUUCUGGACAAGGUUCUUGAACACUGAAAAGAAGGGCAAAGACACUAAAUAAGUUUUCCUCAGCAUAAAAUACGAGUUCUUUACCCCAAACAUUUUCCCUUUUAAGCUUAUGUAAUUUAACUGUUCUAUGAUGUCCGCAAAACUUAAAGGCGAAUGUGGACAAGAGGUGUCAGCAUGCACCCUGAUGAUUGAAACUACUGCUACCUGUUCGAGAACAAGCUGAGGACACUGUAAGAAGAUCGGACUAAAACACAGCGGUUCCACUGUGUGAUCCUCAAGCGUGUCCUCUGCCUCCCUCUCAAGGACAAGAGACUCACUCCUUUUAAAUCCAUAUUUUGCUUUACAUUUUGGACUGGAACACAUCAGUUCUCGCUUCCUUUCCUUGAACAUUCUGUACCGGCUAUCAUGACUGUGAUCCCUUUUCACCUCUGAAUUUAUUUAAUAAAAAUCUCUUCCCAUAA